UCCUUCUUCAAUGAUUAUAGUAGCAGUUUAUUGUCCUGUGAUAGCUGCUGUUUUCAUUGUUCUGAAGAUGGUCAACUAUCGACUCCACAGAGCACUUGAUGCUGGAGAAGUUGUAGAUAGGAAUGCAAAUGAGUUCCCAGAUCAGCGAGCCAAAGCUGAGCAAGGCAACUGUUCAUCUAGAAGAAAAGAUAGUAAUGGACCGAGUGAUCCUGGUGGAGGGAUUGAAAUGUCUGAGUUCAUUCGAGAGGCCACACCCCCAGUUGGUUGCAGUUCAAGAAAUUCUUAUGCUGGCCUAGAUCCAAGCAACCAGAUUGGAUCUGGUUCCUCUCGUCUUGGGACAGCAGCAACUAUUAAAGGAGAUACAGACACCGCUAAGACUUCUGAUGAUAUCAGUUUAAGUCUGGGCCAGAGCUCUAGUCUUUGUAAGGAAGGAAGUGAAGAACAAGAUCUGGCAACUGAUCGGAAGCUCUUCCGUCUAGUCUCCAAUGAUUCCUUCAUCUCCAUUCAGCCUUCCUUAUCUUCCUGUGGACAGGACUUACCAAGGGACUUCAGUGACAAAGUGAGCUUGCCGAGUCACAGCCACCACCACCACAUUGAUCAGUCUCUGUCCAACGCCUGUGACACAGAAGUAGCUUCUCUCGUCCCUUUACAUUCACACUCUUACAGGAAAGAUCACCGGCCACGAGGUGUACCACGGACUUCUAGCUCUGCUGUGGCUUUUCCAGACACUUCACUGAAUGACUUCCCUCUCUAUCAGCAAAGACGGGGGUUAGAUCCAGUUAGUGAGUUAGAAUCUUCCAAGCCUCAUUCCGGAUCCAAAGAAUCCUUGGUAGAAAAUUCUUGUUUGUCUGGAGAAUUUCAGCUUGUUGGUGAGCUGAAAAACAGUAGUUCUCAGCCACCUACAAAAAGUGGGAAGAGCAAACCUUUGAAAGCAGACAAAAGCAUGGAUAGCCUGAGGAGCCUGAGCACCCGGAGUAGCGGGUCGACAGAGAGCUAUUGCAGUGGAACGGACCGAGACACCAACAGUACUGUCAGUAGCUACAAAAGUGAGCAGACCAGCUCAACUCACAUAGAGAGCAUCUUGUCAGAGCAUGAGGAGUGUCCCAGAGUAGGAAAGAAAAGUGGCAGGAAGAAGGAGGGCUGUGCUGACCCAGAGGGCAAGAGCAGCUGUACCACUGACAAAAGGACUAGCAGUGAAAAGACUGCCUUGGAAGGAAGUACCAACAGUGGGGUUCAAGAGGCCAAGGAUUCCAAUACCUCCGAUGAUAUGCACAAUCAGAGAGAUCUCACCACCUCUGCAUCUGAAGAAGCCAAUAAAAAUCCCCAUGCAAAUGAGUUUACGUCACAGGGGGACAGACCCCUCGAGAAAACUGCCGAAAACAAAGAGGAGCAGAGUGAUAAGUCCGCUCUUUCAGUGGACUCAAAAGUUGCUAAAGACAGUGGUGGAAAGCAAAAGGAGGGGGAUGUACGACCUAAAUCGUCUAGCUUGAUCCACCGGACAGCCUCUGCCCAUAAAUCAGGCCGGAGACGGACAGGAAAAAAACGGGCCAGCAGUUUUGAUUCAAGUCGGCAUAGGGACUAUGUUUCCUUUCGAGGUGUUGCUGGUACAAAGCCACAUAGUGCUAUAUUCUGUCACGAUGAGGACUCUAGCGACCAAAGUGACUUGAGCAGAGCAUCAAGUGUUCAGUCCGCCCACCAGUUCAGCAGUGAUAGCUCUUCUAGCACCACCUCUCAUUCAUGCCAGUCUCCUGAGGGCAGAUACAGUGCCCUCAAGACCAAACAUGUCCCUAAAGAAAGGGGCACUGACUCUGAGCAUGCACACAAAGCCCAUCUGGGUCCUGAAGGAACGGGCAAAAAGCGGACAGCACGUCGGACUUCCAGCACAAACAGUGCCAAGACUCGGGCCCGGGUGUUGAGCCUGGACAGUGGCACAGUAGCGUGUUUGAAUGACUCCAGUAGGCUGAUGGCACCCGAAAGUAUAAAACCCUUAACCACUUCCAAAUCAGAUCUUGAGGCCAAAGAGGGAGAGGUGCUAGAUGAGCUAUCUUUAUUGGGCCGGGCUUCCCAGUUAGAGACAGUCACUCGGUCGAGGAAUAGCUUGCCAAGCCAGGUUGCAUUUCCUGAAGGCGAAGAGCAAGAUGCAGGCAGUGGAGCGGCACAGGCCAGCGAGGAGACUGUGUCAUUCCGCCGUGAACGCAGCACAUUUAGGCGCCAGGCAGUGCGGCGCCGGCACAAUGCCGGGAGUAACCCUACCCCUCCCGCAUUGCUCAUCGGAUCACCCCUAAGCCUUCAAGAUGGUCAGCAAGGCCAGCAGUCCACAGCCCAGGUCAAAGUCCAGUCCCGCCCCCCUUCCCAGGCUGCAGUGCUCAGUGCUAGUGCGUCCUUGCUGGUGAGAAAUGGGAGUAUCCACUUAGAAGCCUCACAUGACAAUGCAUCUGCUGUAGGCGGCAGCAGUUUGCACGAUGAACUUGGUAAGUUCUCUUCUACGCUUUAUGAGACUGGUGGCUGUGAUAUGUCACUUGUGAAUUUUGAACCAGCAGCAAGAAGAGCAUCCAAUAUCUGUGACACGGAUUCUCAUGUAUCCAGUUCUACCUCAGUUCGAUUUUAUCCACAUGAUGUGCUCUCUCUUCCGCAGAUUCGAUUGAACAGACUAUUGACCAUCGAUACAGAUUUGUUGGAGCAACAAGACAUUGAUCUAAGCCCUGACUUGGCAGCUACUUAUGGUACAACAGAAGAAGCUGCUCAAAAGGUUAAACACUAUUAUCGCUUUUGGAUCUUACCCCAGCUAUGGAUCGGCAUUAACUUUGACAGACUCACACUUUUGGCCCUGUUUGAUAGAAAUCGUGAGAUUCUGGAAAAUGUGUUAGCUGUCAUCCUGGCUAUUCUUGUGGCUUUUUUGGGAUCUAUUCUUCUCAUACAAGGCUUCUUCAGAGAUAUCUGGGUCUUCCAGUUCUGCCUAGUGAUAGCCAGCUGUCAAUACUCACUACUUAAGAGUGUUCAGCCAGAUUCUUCUUCUCCCAGACAUGGCCAUAAUCGUAUCAUUGCCUACAGUAGACCAGUUUAUUUCUGUUUAUGUUGUGGUCUUAUUUGGCUCUUGGAUUAUGGUAGCAGAAACCUUACUACAACCAAGUUCAAAUUAUAUGGAAUAACUUUCACUAAUCCACUGGUGUUUAUAUCAGCCAGGGAUUUAGUUAUAGUGUUUACACUCUGUUUCCCAAUAGUGUUUUUCAUUGGUCUCCUGCCUCAGGUGAAUACAUUUGUAAUGUACCUUUGUGAGCAAUUGGAUAUUCAUAUCUUCGGUGGUAAUGCCACUACAAGCUUGCUUGCAGCACUUUACAGUUUUAUCUGUAGCAUUGUGGCAGUAGCCUUACUAUAUGGAUUGUGUUAUGGCGCUUUAAAGGAUUCUUGGGAUGGCCAGCAUAUUCCAGUACUUUUCUCCAUUUUUUGUGGUUUAUUAGUGGCAAUAUCCUAUCAUCUCAGCCGACAAAGCAGUGAUCCAUCUGUACUUUUCUCUUUGGUGCAAUCCAAGAUUUUUCCAAAAACAGAAGAGAAAAAUCCGGAAGACCCUCUGUCUGAAGUAAAAGAUCCACUGCCUGAAAAACUUAGAAAUUCUGUUAGUGAGCGUUUACAGUCUGACCUAGUAGUAUGCAUCGUAAUUGGUGUGCUAUAUUUUGCUAUUCAUGUAAGCACAGUGUUCACAGUAUUGCAGCCUGCUCUCAAGUAUGUGUUGUAUGCAUUGGUCGGCUUUGUGGGUUUUGUAACCCAUUAUGUGCUGCCUCAACUCAGAAAACAGCUACCAUGGCACUGCUUCUCCCACCCUCUGCUGAAGACAGUGGAGUACAAUCAGUACGAAGUUCGGAAUGCAGCCACUAUGAUGUGGUUUGAGAAACUUCAUGUGUGGCUUCUUUUUGUGGAGAAGAAUAUCAUCUAUCCGUUGAUUGUUCUCAAUGAACUUAGUAACAGUGCAGAGACAAUUGCUAGUCCAAAAAAACUGGAUACAGAAUUAGGUGCUUUAAUGAUCACCAUUGCUGGUCUGAAGUUGCUACGAUCCUCUUUUAGCAGCCCUACAUAUCAGUAUGUCACAGUCAUCUUUACUGUGCUCUUUUUCAAAAUUGACUAUGAAGCAUUUUCAGAGACCAUGCUGUUGGAUCUCUUCUUCAUGUCCAUACUCUUCAACAAGCUUUGGGAACUCCUUUAUAAAUUGCAGUUUGUAUACACUUACAUUGCCCCAUGGCAGAUUACAUGGGGCUCUGCUUUCCAUGCUUUUGCUCAGCCCUUUGCAGUGCCCCAUUCAGCCAUGUUGUUUGUUCAGGCUGCUGUAUCUGCCUUUUUUUCUACUCCACUAAAUCCCUUUCUGGGAAGUGCAAUAUUCAUCACUUCUUAUGUUCGACCUGUGAAAUUCUGGGAGAGAGACUAUAACACAAAGCGGGUGGAUCAUUCAAAUACCAGAUUGGCUUCCCAGCUUGAUAGAAAUCCAGGAUCAGAUGACAACAAUCUGAAUUCCAUCUUUUAUGAACAUUUAACCAGAUCCCUACAACACAGUCUCUGUGGUGAUUUGCUCCUAGGACGAUGGGGAAACUACAGUACAGGGGACUGUUUCAUUCUUGCCUCUGACUACCUCAAUGCAUUAGUACACCUUAUAGAGAUAGGCAAUGGGUUGGUCACUUUCCAGCUGCGGGGACUUGAAUUCAGAGGUACUUACUGUCAACAACGGGAAGUGGAGGCCAUUACUGAAGGCGUUGAAGAAGAUGAAGGAUUUUGCUGUUGUGAACCUGGCCAUAUUCCUCAUGUGCUUUCAUUUAAUGCUGCAUUUAGCCAGCGCUGGCUAGCUUGGGAAGUGAUAGUCACUAAGUAUAUUCUGGAGGGUUAUAGUAUCACUGACAAUAGUGCUGCCUCUAUGCUUCAAGUCUUUGAUCUUCGGAAAGUCCUCACCACUUACUAUGUCAAGGGUAUCAUUUAUUAUGUUACAACUUCUUCUAAACUGGAGGAGUGGCUAGCCAAUGAGACAAUGCAGGAAGGACUACGUCUGUGUGCAGAUCGAAAUUAUGUUGAUGUGGACCCAACAUUUAAUCCAAACAUUGAUGAAGACUAUGACCAUCGACUGGCUGGCAUAUCCAGGGAGAGUUUCUGUGUGAUUUACCUCAACUGGAUAGAGUAUUGCUCUUCCCGAAGAGCAAAGCCACUGGAUGUCGACAAAGAUUCAUCCCUGGUGACUCUUUGUUAUGGACUUUGCGUUCUGGGACGGAGAGCUUUGGGGACCGCAUCCCACCAUAUGUCCAGUAAUUUAGAGUCAUUCCUCUAUGGAUUGCAUGCCCUAUUUAAGGGAGAUUUCCGUAUUUCUUCAAUUCGAGAUGAAUGGAUCUUCGCUGACAUGGAAUUGCUAAGGAAAGUCGUAGUCCCGGGAAUCCGCAUGUCCAUUAAACUUCAUCAGGAUCAUUUCACUUCUCCAGAUGAGUAUGAUGACCCUACUGUGCUCUAUGAAGCCAUUGUGUCUCAUGAAAAGAACCUCGUAAUAGCCCAUGAAGGGGACCCUGCGUGGCGGAGUGCAGUCCUUGCCAACUCUCCCUCCCUUCUUGCUCUGCGGCAUGUCAUGGAUGAUGGCACCAAUGAAUAUAAGAUCAUCAUGCUGAAUAGACGCUACCUGAGCUUCAGGGUCAUUAAGGUUAAUAAGGAAUGCGUCCGAGGUCUUUGGGCAGGACAACAGCAAGAGCUUGUUUUUCUACGUAACCGUAACCCGGAGAGAGGUAGCAUCCAAAAUGCAAAACAAGCUCUGAGAAACAUGAUAAACUCCUCUUGUGAUCAGCCUAUUGGCUACCCAAUCUUUGUCUCACCCCUGACAACUUCUUACUCUGACAGCCACGAACAGCUUAAAGAAGUCCUUGGGGGACCUAUCAGUUUGGGAAAUAUCAGAAACUUCAUAGUGUCAACCUGGCACAGGUUAAGGAAAGGGUGUGGGGCUGGCUGUAACAGCGGUGGCAAUAUUGAAGAUGCGGACACCGGAGGUGGGAUGUCCUGCACCAGCAACAAUGCCACAAGUGCCAGUGACCCCCAUAGCAGUGUAUCCCAGGGAAGCACUGGAAAUCCAGCGCCAGGGUCGGGAGCAGGACUCCAUCCACUGGUCACAUCUUAUCCUCCAGCACUAGGCACUAGCCACAGCUCCCACUCCGUACAGUCAAGCCUGGUCAGACAGUCCCCUGCUCGCGCCUCAGUGGCCAGCCAGUCUUCUUACUGCUACAGCAGCCGGCACUCGUCCCUCCGGAUGUCCACCACGGGAUUUGUGCCUUGUCGGCGCUCUUCCACAAGUCAGAUAUCGCUUCGAAACUUACCGUCCUCCAUCCAGUCCCGCCUCUCUAUGGUGAACCAGAUGGAGCCCUCCGGUCAGAGCGGCAUGGCCUGCGUGCAGCAUGGCCUGCCUUCUUCCAGCAGCUCCAGCCAGAGCAUCCCGGCCUGCAAACAUCACACUCUCGUGGGCUUUCUUGGGACAGAGGGAGGUCAGAGCAGUGCCACUGACGCCCAGCCGGGCAACACCUUAAGUCCUGCCAAUAAUUCACAGGCCAAAAGGGGGGACGUGAUUUACCGAGUCCAAAUUGUCGAUCCCAGUCAGAUUCUGGAUGGGAUCAACCUGUCAAAAAGGAAAGAGCUGCAGUGGCCUGAGGAGGCUAUUCGGUUAAAAGCUGGGAGAAACAGCUGGAAAGACUGGAGUCCUCAGGAGGGCAUGGAAGGCCAUGUGAUUCACCGAUGGGUGCCUUGCAGCAGAGAUCCAGGUACUAGAUCCCACAUCGACAAGACAGUACUUCUGGUCCAGAUUGAUGAUAAAUAUGUGACUGUCAUUGAAACGGGGGUACUAGAACUUGGGGCCGAAGUGUGAGCCAGUGUUUUAUAACUACGUUUCCUUGCCCUCUCCAUUCCAAGACGUUGGAAAAGGAGAGGAGUGCGUGGAAGAUGCCUGCGGGUAUUCCUUUGCUCCUGUAUGGGAGAGACUUGGGACGGAGAGCAGGCUUGGUUAAGCGCCUCUCCUUCGCCCUUCACCCUGACUCCUGUCACUGUCUCCAUCCCCAAAUAAAGCUGAAAUAUUUUUUUAAGUUAGCUGCCGAGAAAACAUUUUGCAUGAAGGAUAAAGUUCUGUUAAAAAUACAAUCUUAAAAAAAGCUUUUUCCUAUGUAUUGCCUAUGCUUUACAUCAACAAGCUCUUCAUUUCUAAACUACGAUCUCAUAUUUUUCUAAUUUCUUUGCCAAAAAUAAUUGCCAUGUUUUGUCACAGAACAUGAAAUCCAUUUACCUUGAUUUUUAAGAACAGACCAGUAUAGAAACCUUCAGUUAGACAUUUCGCAGUGUGAACAUUUAAUGUACAGUGAAAGAGACUAUGAACAGACAUAGAUUUAUUCCUUGAGCGCUAAAAACUUUAAUGAGAAAACUGCACUAAUUUUUUACAACAAUGCACUAAAGUCUGAGAUUUCUCAGAACAUUUAUUUAUAUAUAAAAAUAAAAUACCAUUAUUUAAAUUGCCUUUGGGAUUAGCCCCUUCCCUUUCCUUAAACAUACAUAGCAGAAACCGUGCUGCUCAUUUUCUGUUAGGGUGUGUACUUGAUGCCAGUACAUUGGGUGUUUUCUUUAAAAUGAAUGCUAAAUCGCAAGACACACCGAGCUUCACCUUUGGCACUUCCCGGAGAUAACAGUCAGCGCAUCGGUCCUGUGAACACUACUGCCAACUCCUGUGUCCGAUUGUCACAUGAGCCCCAGCACCAGGUGCCCCAGGCCCUCUGCUUCUCUCCACUUGGGGCAAGCUCUGCUGGGGUCAGUGCUGGGAAGAAAAGAUUUUUGUUUUUCAAAGACAAAGAUGAACAUCCGGGAAUUUAAAGAAAGAAUUCAUUGCUUUUCUUGUAAGAGUUAUUAGCUCUUGAAGUUAUUCACAGGCAGUUCAGUUAGUCAAGCAGAAUUUUUUCGAACGAAAUUAUCCCAAUGGUGCAGUUCUUACUGAUAUAUCCCUCUCUAAAUAACCUCACCUUUUAUUUUGCUCCUCUCUUCUUUUUCUAUUACUUGAAUUUUAUUUCCUGUGAUUUAUAGUGUGUAGGUGUAAUUUGAAAUAUUUAUAACUGUGAAAUUGACUUAAUAUGUUGUCUCAAAUUUUAUUGGUUUUUUUUUAAAAUAUGCGUGUAUUCAGGGAAAUAUAUAAUUCAGAUUUACAAUUGGGCUAGGUGGAAACUGCAGUGUAGAUUUAAUUUUCAACUUUUGGCAUUUUUUAGAGCCUUCAGAAAACUUUCCCCUUUUGUGUGAAACUCCAAAGACGACUGUGUAUCUCCUCUGAGCAUUUAGGAGCAGCCAUCUUUCUACCCCGCUGUAAAUGGGAAGUAAAAAGAAGCAGGUGAAAUCGAUUUUAAUCUUGUAAUUUAGUGAAUCCAAUGCACCCAAAGUGUUAACUCAUUCAGCACGUGGCACUAGUCAUAUUUCCAGUACUCGCUGGCCACAUGUGCCUGGUGUCUCCUGUAUUGGAUGGCACAGGCUUAAAGUGUCUUCUGAUGAGGUGACAGGAGAGAGGAGCUGUCUCCCUCCUCGCUCCCUACUGUUGCUCCUCCAGAGUAGCAUAACACUUCAGCAGAAGGAAGGAAAACUAAGUAGCUAAUACACGCUACCCGACUGCACUUUCAUCUGUUUGGCCCUUUUCUAAUUUAAAAUUUUUGUGGUAAUUUAGGACCUAGUGUGCCUCGUGCUGAUGUUUCCAUACUUCACACUUUUCAAAAUUUACUUUUUAAAAACAUUUGUCGAGGGAUUUCCUGAACCUUUACACAGAGGGUACCCUUGCUAAAUUGACCAGUUAAAAUGUAUUUUCCUGAUAUUGUCGUGACAUUCUGUAUUCUGUAUUUGCCUCAUUUUGGCAAAUUCACAGUAUGUCAUUAAGGUUCAGGCUUUUAUUUUUCUCUUCUGAAACUGAAUAUAUGAUCUGUCUGUCUAACCAUCUAUAUUUAUUUAAGAUAUUCUCAAAGGAGUUAUGAUUCCUGCUGCUUGUUCUCUUUCUGAAAUGAAGAUGAUCUUUUCAUGGUCAUUACCUAGAUGGGAAGAUAAAUGGAGCCCUUUCAAUCUUAAAUGGAAGAUAAUUCAUUUUUUACAUGGGGGUAAAAAAAACCUGGGCUUCAGAUGAUUCAGUCUGAAGGGCUAGAAUUAUUUUUAUUCCUAACUUCCCACCCCCAAUUGUUAAACACAUUACCAUAGUCUAAAAACACAAGACUAGAUUUUAUACAGAACAUAUAUAUUGGGUCUUGAUUUGGGGUAGCAACUAUGGACAUUCAUCUCAAAACAAGUUGAAUUUUAUUAUCAGAUAGCCCUUUAGUGAAUUUAUGAAUUAGGGACCCCUACCAGGAGCCCUGUUCUUAUUUUUUUAAGUCUAAAACUGAUAGUCUUUUGAAAAUCAAAAUACUUUUCUAAUAAUUAUGUCAGAGGAAGCAGUGAUAAUUCAAAGAAAGAUUCAUGUCUUAACAAUAAUUGGACCUGAAUUAUUACAUACAAAUAUACAUGCUUCCAUUAAGUAAGUUGAUCGUACUGUCUUAGUCUACCUUUCCCACCCCACCUUGGAGAAUAGUGAGCUGUUUGUUUAGAGUCCCUGAUUAACUUUCUUCGUUAGUGUACAAGAUUCUAGCAUACAUACACUAGCGUCUUUAGUUCACAAUUGCCAAAACUUUCAGAAUUCCAUAAUUUGAAAAUAAGAAUAUGGAAUUAAAAUACUAGCUUUUUAUGCAUUUCCCUUAAACAGAGUUUCAUUGAUAUCUUUCUGGUCUUUUUCUUGUUUGAUUUUGUUUUUUCCUUCUUUUGAGAGAGAGUCCUGGAGUGAAUUAUAAAUUGUUAGCUUUUUUUUCUUAUUUCCUCUCAUUCAGUGGCAAAAAUCACUUUAUAACUCGAAGUUAAGCUUUUGGUUACUCUUCCAGCUUAUAACUUGGUGUGAGCCCUCUUUUUACACCGUUUUCAAUACUUGAUAAAACUUUAAAUGUUCACAUUUUUCUAAAGAAUUCUAAAUUUUCCAAGAGUCUAGAUUAAUAUUAGCUGUUGAUAUUUAAGGGGCUUGGAAGAGUAGGUGGUGAGGCUGUAUAUUUUUAAGGUAAGAGGAGAUUAAUUACCUUUCAGGAAAUUAAUGAACAAACUUCAUCAGUCUUCUGCCUUCUCUGAGUUUCUGUUAUUGGAAGAUGAGCUUCCAUUAGAUUUGAAGUGGUUUUAAAAAUAUUUCAAGUGUAUCUGAGAUACUUUUACUAAUCCUUGAAACAAAGUAGUCAGUGUUUCUAUCCUGAGUGAGGUGUGGAAAAUUACUCUGUGUACCAGAUGUCAGGCAAUGAAAAUAUGUUUUUAUGUGGAGACUAAGCUCAUUAGGAAGAUGUGUUUUUCUUCCUGGAUUGCUUUGUUUUUCUAUAUUCUAUCAAAAUAUAAAAAAAACAGCCUCAGAUCUAAGCAAGGGUAGCCUAGCCUUAAUAAAUUCCGCUUUGCUUCCGAGUAGCAUCCUUCUGCCUCUGCUUAGAAAUUCUUCAUUUGGUGGAUUGCUGCAUUGAGUCAUCCAUCCAGAACGAGGUCUUUUAAACUUAUGCUUUGCCCAGAGUCUAAAAUUAUCUUCUUCUUUUAGUUAACUUUCAAAAAUCUUUCCUCCUCAAUAUAUGACUUGAGAAAAAGAUACCUUAGUAAUUUUGCUUAAGAAGUCUUGGAAUUUAUGUUUACUAGCUAUUAAACUAUAAACUGCUACCCAGAUUAAUUACUUUUUUGUUUAUCUUCCUUAUUCUUUCAUUAAUAUAGACAGUCCUCCAGCCCUUUGUUUAAGCCCUCAGGAUUCAUUCUUACUCUUUUCUGUAGUGUAAUAUAAUCACACAAAAUUACUUUGCCUGGACACAGACCCAGUCCUUUUUCUUUUGAUAUGAUAAAUUGUUCAGAGAAGGUAUACAACAUCAAUUUUUGUUCCAGAGGUUUUUCCAUUAAUUCUAAAAUGAGUGGAAAAAUAAUGUCAAUCAAGGCUAAAAUGAUACUUGGAACCUGUUAAUGGCCUUUGAACUUUUGGUUUCAGUCUUACAUGGACAUUGAGUUUUAUUGAUGUAGAGAAAGAGGAAAGUCAGAUAGGACCAUGUAUUUGUGCAGCAUAAGUUUUAAUAUUACAUUGGAUAUCUGUAGGGGUUUUUAACUAAGUAUUUAAAAACUAGCCUCUCUCUUCUUCAUUUCUCUGUUGAAAAAAUCUGGUUGGUAUACACCUAGGCCUUCUCAUUUUUAACUUGUGAAAUGUUUUGGUAAGAAUUGUGACUGGAAAGGAAUUAAUUAUUAUACAAAUAGAUCUGGUAGGUAUGUGAGUGGAGCAUUAAUUUUGCUUGAAACAAGUAUAUUUUCUGCUUUGAAUCACCUCACCAGAGUCAUCUGUCAAGAAUUAUGUAUGAUAAGAAUUUCUCUAUAUUGCCUAUUAGCCACAUAUUCUUCCUGAAGUUCUAUUUGCGAGCUAAACUUUAAUAUCUGCCAUUUUAUGGAAGCAACACAACAUUCUUUGGGGGAACCAGAGUCGAUUGUCAUCGCAGGGUUACAUGACAACUCUGUCAUAAGACUUAUACCUAUUAUAUAGGGUCAGGCCUUUUUUCUUACGCCCUCAGCUCUGCACCUGACAAUUUAUGAUUCAGUGGAGCCACGCUAGAAGGAACAACAGUCGUGUAAGAUGGUGGGAAGGAUGGCUGCCUGGGUGUUACUUGCACAGAUGACGCGAUGCCCUGGGAUUCAAAACAGAGUAGCAGGUAGAAAAUGAGAUGGCUGCUCCGGAUGACUCUUGGGUUUAGAGUGACUGUGGUUAAACAAGAUUUUUUAUAUGUGAAGCUUGAUUCUGCAACCAAAAUAACGGAAAUGUGGGGGAAAUCAUGUCUGCUUAUGCUUUUUAAAGCUUGUAGUUUAAGUAAAAAUAAAUUGUAAAAAACUGAUUAACCCUAUACAAUGAGCUCUGCAUGAGGAAAUGGAAGGAAGAAUACUAAAAGUGGUUCAGGAAGAUCUGUGUGAGGAAGGAAAAUGGGUUUCCCUUUUCUGAUCAUGGGCUCUGAAAGCAUUCAUUGCCUUUACCAGCAUUCAGUAUAAACCAGAGGUAAGAAUAUAUGUACUUGCGUGGGUCCGUGAGUGUGUGUGCGUCUGAGUGUUUGUUAUUCUAAAUAGCUUGUAAAUAUUGUAGUGUUUAAAAUGGAAAAUAAAAGCUGAGAUUGUUUUUUUUUCUUUGCAAAUAUAUUGCAUCAAAAAUACAGUAUUGACAGUGGAUAAAACAGAGGAAAUAAAUUUUUUUUCAUUUUGC